UGUCUUCGACGAGCUAAAUCCGAAGCCGUCGAUUAUCGCGACAUUAUUAGUUGCAGAAGGGAGAGAGGCGGAGGGAGGAAGAGAGAGAGAGAAAGAAUGGCGGAGGUAAUGAAGCACGCCUCCACCUUCCUUCUCCCUCAUCUUCCAGAUAACAAUCGGAGGUUCGCCCUCGUCGUCCUUAAUCACCAACUCCCCGUCUUCACCCCUUUGCUGUGGGAGCAUGCAUCUUUGAGAGUAUGCGCAGAUGGAGGAGCUAAUCGCGUCUAUGAUGAGAUGCCUAAACUCUUGUCUCAUGAGGAUCCCUUGGAUGUGCGUUCAAGGUACAAGCCGGAUGUUAUAAAGGGUGAUAUGGACUCCAUUAGGCCAGAGGUGCAGAAGUUUUAUGCUGAUUUGGGAACAGAAGUAAUGGAUGAAUCACAUGACCAGGACACCACAGAUUUGCAUAAGUGUGUUUCAUAUGUCAGAGACUGCACACCUGACUUGGUGAAGCCAUCAUUGAGCAUUCUUGUUGCUGGGGCACUGGGAGGCAGAUUUGACCAUGAAAUUGGAAACAUCAAUGUCCUUCACAGAUUUUCAGACACUCAGAUAAUUCUUUUAUCCGAUGAUAGUAUAGUCUGUCUUCUUCCAAAGACACACCAACAUGAGAUCUAUAUUCAAUCUUCAGUUGAAGGCCCACACUGUGGUCUAUUCCCAGUUGGCAGACCCUCCCUAUGCACCACCACCACUGGCUUACAGUGGGAUCUCACUGAGUCAGAAAUGGGAUUUGGUGGUCUUAUCAGCACUUCAAAUAUAGUUCGCGAGGAAAAGGUCACUGUGAGAUCUGAUUCAGAUCUGAUAUGGACUAUAUCCAUUCGAAAAUCCAACUAAAGUCAUGCUUUCAUUUUGUCUUAAUUUUUUAUCAUUGUAGAAUUCCGUCCUGUUUAUUAUUCCGCAACUGUUUUGGUAACAGAUGCAGUAUGUAAUGGUUCUCUGCUUAUGAAGCACCACAUCAAAAUAUGUUGAAUUAAAUAAUUGAUUGUUUUUGAUACUUCAAGCAGGAGGUCCCAAGCCAACAAUUCAUUGUGCACAUUCAUUAUCGUUAUGAAUGAUCUAAUGUUAUUAAUUUAA